UUGCCCUCUUCCGCCUCUUUUCAUAUCUGUCAAAGUCGGGUAGUCGUCAGACGGCGCUACGUUUUCAAAUUAUUAUAGCAGGUGUGUGUGUGUGGCUGUGUGCUAAGCCAACGGCUCGUGUUUAUAAAUCAAACCUAAAUUAGUUUCACGAGCCCAAAUAUGGAAUCUACCGCCAAUACAGUUUCAUCGCCGAGUAAACUGUUACCAAGGGCGUGUCAUGAACGUGUGUCGGCUGAAAACGAAAAAGACAAGUGUCAAGAGAAGUCGCUGGUCGAAACGAGUCACUUUGAGUUCGACGAAGUGGAUGGCUUGCGAGGAAAAGCAAAUUUCAACUGGCUCGAUGUAGUCUGCAUCGUUGUUUCCAUAUUCAGUUACAUGGCUGAUCUUAUCACUGACGGAUUUAUGGCUGCCACAUAUUUCAAUUUGGGGCACCAUUGGUAUUUUGGGUUUACAUUGGCUUUCGUGGCCAUACCUGCUCUCACCAUGUCUGGUUUGAGUACAAAGUGGUACAUUAAAGAUCAGAACAACCAAAACUUUCCUCCAGUGUCUACAUGUACCUGGGUGUUUCGCAUAUUCUGCCUAAUAUUUUUUCUUUCUCCAGUUGCAAGAUAUGUUGACACCCUUCGCUAUGGACUUCAAAGUAGACGAGCCAAAAAGAGGAAGGAAUACAACAAAAUGGGCCAGUGUUAUGCUAGAAUGGCCUAUGAAGAUGCUGAUGCCACAUUCCUAAGACUGUUUGAAUGUUUCAUGGAAUCUGCUCCACAGCUAGUGUUACAGUUGUACAUUAUGGCAAAAAACACUUUCAGUUUUGGAACUGAUCCAAUAGCUGUGACUUUCCAAGCUGCCUCUGUUGUCACUUCUGUCGUCAGCUUGGCGUGGGCAUUGACGACUUACAACAGAUCACUGCGCUUUGCCCAAGUAGACAAGGAAAACAUUCAUUUGCUGGGAACUUGCGUUCUCUUCUUAGCUCAUCUUUUUGGGAUAGUUGCUCGAGUCAUUGCACUGACUGUCUUUGCUUCCGAAUACGGUUGGUUUAUUUGGCCUGUCUGUCUUGGCCACUGGAUCCUAAUGGCUAUAUGGCUUUGGUUGCAGGCAACAGCCGCGUGCUCCACCCGCACAGAAGAAUUCUUCUUUUGCCUUAUUUUAGCCAUCAUCCAUGUCUUCACAUUCUUCAACGUCAAACCCGAUCGAACACGUUUCCGAUAUGCUUUCUAUUACGCUGUUUGUUUCUUCGAGAACACCAUUCUUAUGGUGCUGUGGUGGAUUAAGGUAGCUGAUAUAGCCCCACCUCGUCCUUGGUUUCACUUCCCGGCCCUGUUCGGCCAGAUAGGAUCCUUUGUACUGAGUAUCGCUCUACUUGCAUUUUACUACAAGUGUCUUCAUCCGAACCUGUUGCUGCCCAAUGUCGGCAUAUGCAACAAGGAUGGAGCAACCUUGUGCUUAAGCGAUACUCACCCUCCUAUCAUCAAUGGUGUUCCUUCCCCUCGUACUAGUCCGGCUCGACUCGGCAGACUCGACAUCAUUCAACGCGAAGAUGUCCAUCCUGAAAUGUAGAAUCUCUAUUUCUGUCCUCCACUUCGAAAAGAUCUGGAUUGAUCUUAUUUCCGAUAACUUGACUAACGUUUUGUACAUACUCGUCAGCUUCAAUCAGGGAAUAACUUGACUUGCGCAUUUGCACUUUUUUGUGGUUUGCUCUUUCGUGAUACCCUCGCACUUACUGCUGCUAAGCACAAUUUCCUAUGGUAAGAAUACACCGUAUUUUGCACAGCUA